AGCGCCAAAUAAAAAUGAAGCAUUUUGCCAUAAUCACUGUUGCAAUUAUCUGCGCCGUUUUAGGGGUUGCCGAGUCCAAAACAUUCACACAAUGUGAAUUGGCUAAGCUUUUGCACAGGACGUAUAACUUCGACAAAGCCAAAGUCAACAAUUUCGUCUGUCUGGCGCAGGCAGAAAGUUCCCUCAACACGGUCAAAACACACAAGAACAGCAAUGGGUCCACCGAUUAUGGACUGUUUCAGAUCAACAAUAAGUAUUGGUGCUCAUCUGCAGGAUAUUCUUCCAGCAACGAGUGUAAACUUUCUUGCGCUGAUUUAUUAACGAACGAUAUAUCUAAAGCAGUAAGUUGCGCAAAUAAAAUAUAUGCGCGCCAUGGCUACUCCGCCUGGUAUGGAUGGAAAGCCAAAUGCAAGAGUGGUGUAAAGGACCUCUCGUCGUGCAUGUAAAUGUUCUACGAAGAUUGUAUUGAAAUCAAAUGAAAUACAACGUGUUUGAUUAUGAGUUG